AUGUCGGAGGGCGCUGCCGGCACCGCCAAGCAGCCGGUGAGCGGCAUGGUAUGCCAACACUGCGGCUCGUCCUUCAACAAGCCGACGGCGAAGUUCUGCUCCAAGUGCGGCACUAAAAAGAAGGCCAGCGGCAGCAGUCGGGGGGCGACAGCUCAGAGCGACCGUCUUUUCUUGACGGACAGAGCGUCCCGAGCAACCACAACGUUUCGGCCAGGCGAUGAUAAGAUGCACAAUACCCUCAAAAGCAACUACAAGAGCAGCAGCAGCGGCAAUAACACCACCAACAGCAACAAUACGUUCGCUUCGAGUACGACGUUGCGGUUGCCACCUGUGCAGCCGCAAGCCACAAUGACAAGGAGGGAGGAGGGCACGCAGGACAGCACUGACGAUGACGGUACACUCCGUGCGACACCAGAGGAGGAAGAGAGGUACAGUGCGUGGGCCACGCUGAGCCCAGAGGGCAUCACACCCGAGAUGCUGCAGACAAGCAAUGCGGGGGAGCUCAGCACGUGGCGUCGUGGUCUCUUAAUUGGCCGCGGCACAUACGGCUCCGUCUACUUGGGCCUGCUUGACAGUGGCUCCUUCCACGCAGUGAAGUGCGUUGAGUUAGGAGGGAAAACAGGCGUGUUUAACAUCAAGGAACUCGUUUCCCUCUCACGGGAGAUCAACAUGAUGCAGCGCCUGCACCACAAGAAUCUGUGCACCUUCAAAGGCGUGCUCUACGACGCGUCGAACAGCACCAUCUGCAUGUUCAUGGAGUACAUUGGCGGUGGGUCACUCUCCUCAUUAGUUAAGAAAUUUAAGCCGCUGCCACCGGGUGUGGUUCGGCGCUGGACGCAGCAGCUGCUAGCUGGUCUGCUGUACCUGCACACGCAGCGCAUCAUUCACCGCGACAUCAAGGGCGACAAUCUCCUCGUCGAUAUCUCGAGUGACCCCGAGCUGGAGUCACAGAUCAAGCUGGUGGACUUUGGUGCGGCGCGACGGCUGUCAGACGCUGUGGCGCAGAGCCGCACUGUCAUUGGCACGCCGUACUGGAUGGCGCCGGAGGUGGUGGACGUCACGGGCGAGGGCGGCGGCUACAGCUACAAGGCCGACGUGUGGUCUGUCGGCUGUACCGUGGCAGAGAUGCUUACAGGAAAGCCACCGUGGCCAAGCCAGGUGAACGCGCCAGCAGCAAUUAUGAUGAUCGCGCAGGCGAAGGAUGGGCCAACAGAGAUCCCGGAGGCGGAGGCAACACCGGGGUGUUUAGACUUCAUGCGAAAAUGCUUUGUGAGAGACCCCGGGCAACGGCCCACGGUGGAGGAACUCAUGCAACACCCGUGGAUCCUUGGAGAGAUGGAAUAG